CAAGAAGAACACACCCCCAUCCCCACCAAACCAACAAUUCACAAUGGAGUUUGAAGAAGUGUCAGAACCUGUGAGUCCUACUUCUCAAUACUUCAACAGCUCGGUGUUAUCUCUCUCUAUUCUUGCUGUUUUGGAAUUUGAAGUACCGCUAGAUGACUCACAGACCAUGUCUUUGAUACAAAAUGUCUUCUUGCCCAUCAACCCACGCUUCUCUUCCAUCAUGGUUACAAAUGACAACGGCCAAAAAAAAUGGAAGCGGGUUGAAAUAAAUCUUAAUGACCAUGUUAGAGUUCCCAGUUUCCCCCCGGGAAUGUCACUGGAAUUUUAUGACAAGUGCCUCAGUGACUACUUAACAAAUAUUGCCAUGGAUCAAUUUCCACAAAGUAGACCAUUGUGGGAAAUUCAUAUAAUCAAGCACCCAACAAGCAAUGCAGCAGGGAAUGUAAUAUUCAAACUUCACCAUGCUCUGGGUGAUGGUUAUUCUCUGAUGGGAGCUCUUCUUUCUUGUUUACAAAGAGCUGACAAUCCUUCCCUUCCAUUGACAUUCCCUUCAAGUCAAUCGAGCUCGAAAUCGAGGCAAAACAGUGUUAGCAUUUUCAGGAGUGUGCCCAGACUUUUAACUGCCAUGUUUAACACUAUAUCUGAUUUUGGAUGGAGCAUCUUGAAGAGCAGUGUUGUGAAAGAUGAUCGGACACCAAUUCGAUCCGGAGACGAUGGAGUUGAGUUCCGGCCGUCCAAUAUAGCUACCAUGACAUUCUCUCUUGAUCAUAUCAAACAAAUUAAGGCCAAUCAUGAUGUGGUAAUUCAUCCCCUUUUUCUGUAG